AUGACACCUGAUGAUGACUCUCAAAUAUGGAAUCACAUUGAAAUUGAGAUUGUAAUCUUUUGGGUUUUGCUCUCCAUAGUGGUCAAGGUAGUCUUUUUGAUUUAUGUGUACCAAAAAAGAAAUCAGAUUCUUUGUAAAUCAGUGAGUCCAAAUUCACAAUUUCUGACAAUCACUGUGGAUAAAUUUCUGAAUGACAUGGAAAGUGAGAAACGAAUCAGGUUCACUGAUCAACAACUAAGGAUUGCAACUGACAACUACUCUAACUUGCUGGGUUCAGGAGGUUUUGGAGCAGUUUAUAAGGGAGUUUUUGGUAAUGGGACUAUGGUCGCUGUGAAGGUUCUACGUGGGAGUUCAGACAAGAAAAUUGAGGAGCAGUUUAUGGCAGAAGUGGGUACAAUUGGAAGAAUUCAUCAUUUCAAUCUUGUUAGGCUUUAUGGAUUUUGCUUCGAAAGAAACUUGAUAGCACUGGUUUAUGAGUACAUGGGAAAUGGCUCUCUUGAUAGGUAUUUGUUUCAAGAAAAGAAGACCUUAGGAUAUGAAGAGCUUCAUGAAAUUGCAGUUGGGACAGCAAGAGGCAUUGCUUAUUUGCAUGAAGAGUGCCAACAAAGAAUAAUCCAUUAUGACAUAAAGCCAGAAAAUAUUCUUUUGGACAGAAACUUCAAUCCUAAAGUUGCUGAUUUUGGUUUAGCCAAGCUUUGUAAUAGGGAUAAUACACAUCUAACCAUGACAAGGUAUAGAGGGACUCCUGGUUAUGCUGCACCUGAACUUUGGAUACCUAAUUUUCCUGUGACUCACAAGUGUGAUGUUUAUAGUUUUGGAGUGUUGUUAUUUGAAAUCAUAGGAAGGAGAAGAAACCUUGAUAUAAAACAUGCUGAAAGCCAGGAGUGGUUUCCAAUGAGGGUUUGGAAAAUAUUUGAUUCCAGAGAAUUUGAAGAGUUGGUAAUAGCAUGUGGGAUAGAAGAGAAAAGUAAGGACAUUGCUGAAAGAAUGACAAAGGUAGCUUUGUGGUGUGUUCAAUAUAGGCAAGAAUUAAGGCCCAUAAUGAGUGUCGUGGUGAAAAUGCUAGAAGGUUCAGUGGAAAUUCCAGAACCUUUGAACCCUUUUCAGCACUUGAUGGGUGGGGUUGUUGUUGCUCAUCCAGUUCGAGUGUCACAGACCUAUACAACAAGUAUUCUGUCUGGUACUUCUGCCAUGGUUACAAACUCCAACAUUGUAUGUGCUUCUCCUGAUACGAUGAAGUAUGAGAUUGAAUUAGCCUCUAGUAAUGUGUGA